UACGGAGUAAUCUCUGCAGUGAUCUCACCUCCAGGUAAUGCUGCUCAUUUUGCCUGCCCCCCCUUUUUUUUCUCCCUUUGUCGGCCCUGCCUCCCUCCCACUCCCAAUCCCAAUCCCAAGAAUCCCAAUCCCAAGUCCAAUUCCAUUCCCGAUCGAUCUCUUUCCCGAAACGUCAUCGCCCGGCCUGCUGCCAUCGGCCCUUUUUCUCUUAUUUUUAAUUUUACUUUGAUUUUUCCUGCUGCCACUAACGAACAUUACAGUUUAGGCCUUGGCGGGGUAAAGCACCCAGCAGCUAAUUUAGACACAAAUUAAAGCCAAAAAGGAACCAGCGCGAAAAAAAAAGACAGGAAAAAGGGAAAAAAGAGAGAAAAAGGAAAAAAGAGAAAGGUCCAAAAAAGACCAGAUAAUUCCAGCCAACC